UUCUGAAACCCUGAGCCACUCCUCCAUCAAAACCAUGGAAAGGGCCCAUAACAAUUUUUUAAUAAUCUUCAGAUCAUCUUUAAUAUAUGUGAAUAUAUUGUUUUGAAGACAUGAAUUCAAACACUUAUUUUUCUAUCUUCCCAUGUAGCAGCUCCAUUUAAGAACAGAACUCAGUCUCUAUUAGAAGUUUUAAAAGCUUAGUGACUUUCUGAUACUCAAGACAUGACACUUCCAUUUCGAAAAGAUUUGGACAAGUACAAGGAUCUUGAUGAGGAUGACAUUCUUGGCAAGCUAUCAGAAGAAGAGCUGAAACAACUGGAAACUGUUCUGGAUGACCUUGACCCUGAGAAUGCACUUUUGCCAGCAGGCUUCCGACAGAAAGACCAGACUACUAAAAAGGCCUCAGGUGCUUUUGACAGAGAGGGACUCCUUGCUUAUUUGGAGAAGGAAGCACUGGAACAAGAAGACAGGGAGGAUUUUGUUCCUUUUACAGGGGAAAAGAAAGGGAAAAUAUUUAUCCCCAAACAGAAGCCUGUACAGUCUUUCAUAGAAGAAAAAGUCUCUCUUGAUCCAGAACUGGAGGAAGCUUUGACAAGUGCCACAGAUACAGAACUGUGUGACCUUGCAGCUAUCCUGGGAAUGCACAACUUGAUAACAAACACUCAGUUCUGUGACAUAGUAGGAAGUAGUAACGGUGUCAGCAAUGAAAGCUUCACAGAUGCAGUAAAAGGUGAAAGGAUGAUACCAUUUUCAGAUGAACCACCAAAUCCCACACAAGUAGAGGAGAGUUUGCAAAGGAUUAAAGAUAAUGACUCUCGUCUUGGUGAAGUUAAUCUGAACAAUAUAAAGAACAUCCCAAUUCCAACACUGAAAGAAUUUGCUAAGGCUUUGGAAACCAACACCCAUGUGAAGAAUUUCAGCCUUGCAGCCACUCGAAGCAAUGACCCUGUUGCUGUUGCUUUUGCAGAUAUGCUGAGAGUGAACAAAAACUUGAAAAGUCUAAAUAUAGAAUCAAAUUUCAUCACUGGGGUUGGCAUUAUGGCACUGAUUGAUGCACUAAAAGAGAAUGAAACCCUGACAGAGGUCAAAAUCGAUAACCAGAGGCAGCAGUUGGGAACACCUGUAGAAAUGGAAAUUGCCAAAAUGCUUGAGGAGAAUACAAAUAUCCUUAAAUUUGGAUACCAUUUCACACAACAGGGACCACGAACCAGAGCAGCUGCAGCUAUUACAAAAAAUAAUGAUUUGGUUCGCAAGAGAAGGGUUGAAGGAGACUACCAGUAAACCUUGCUGCUGCUAGAAUUGCAUUGUGUGAAGAUUUCAGAGGUCCUCAAGGCGCAUCUGCUAAUCAUGGGUGUUGGCAAUCUCAGACUUCAUUUACUUGGGUAGAAGGGAAAAGACUGGAAACCCCAUUCCUUUUUAGUAAAGUUAUGUUUAGAUCUGUCUGGUAUGCAUCACGUAUUUCAAUUUGUGACAUAGUAACUGCACUAGACUUUGCAAGAUCAGUUUUUUGAGAACUUUUUUUAUAUUCAAGACUUUAGCUAUACUUUCCACUAAAAUAAUGUAAAUUUUGAAAUCAGUGGAGUAGUUGUCUGUAUUCAAAGAAUGAUACAUGAAGGGAUCAAUGAGCAAACAAUGGAGUAUGUUUCUGAUAGGAAAGGUGGGGAUGGUUAUUUAAAUGGAAGGAUUUGUAUAUUUUUGAGAAUGAUUUAGAGAAAAGGGAUUCUUCACACAACAGUUGGACUCUUAUUUUGUAGCUAUUACUUCAGCCUUCUUGUUCAUAUACACUGAACUUAAAUCUUUCACAGCUGUCACAGUUGCAGUUCCUUUUUGUCUUGAUUGGCUAAUAUGCUUUAUUGAUACUUUGAUAAAGCUCAAAAGUCAUCCCUUUUCUGAUGAAAACGUGAUUUGAAUAAGGGCUGUUUCUGCUCUCCAAUACAUUUGGAGGAGAACUAAUUAAAAGACAAGGGUGGGUGUCUUGAAAAAUCAACAUCUGUACUAAACCAAAAAAGCCUCCAAAGUAGCUUACAUUUCUGAAUAUUCUAAAAGACUGUACUUUGUUCUGAUGUGUUUAAACUGGACAUCUUUAGAUUGAUUUUAGUAUGUUCAUCAGCAUUGUUUUAGAUUAUAUUCUUGUAUAAAAAUGUAUAUCUAAAUACCUUAAAUGACAUAGGAGUUUUCUAGCAGUAGUGAACAUGCAUUGUUUAAGACAUGCUGGUAGUAUGUUUAGGAAAAGCAGUCUUGUGCAGCUCUGAAAUUAUAUACGUAUUCUCCUGUGGCAGGUUGCAACUGAGAAUUCUGUUAAACUAAAAACAGCUGUCAACCAUACUUCCUGUGAAAUAGUGACCACUGUACUAGAUGGAUCUUUACCUUCCACUCUGACGAAGGGUCCUCUUGUUCCAUCAUCGCAUGUUAUCCAGAAACUUAACAAAUGUAGUAUCUAAUUUGCAUUGGAUAGUAGAUUCAUGCUGUUAUUCCAAGCCAUUUAUUUUAAAGAGAAAUGUUUAGAGCUUUGUAUCUAGGAAAAGAAAUUAGCAGACAAUAGUCACUGUACAUAACAGCUGUGGACUCUUUUGUAAUAUUGCGAAACUUAGGUUUUAUUUUGAUUGUGCUAUUUUUGAAUUGCACUAUACUUGAUUGCACAGUGUUGACCAUUGGACCAUAACAGAAGUAAAAGCAUGUUCUAAGGAAUUAGACAGUCUAUUUACAGUGACUUAUAUAAUUCAACUGAUUUAACUGUCCAAUAUCCAUAAAAUGAACAUAAAUACCGUACGUUUUUGUAAAAGCCAUAUAUAGGUGGUGUGGAGAAAAAUGAGAUUUUUGUAUCGUGCUGUAUGUAGAGUUUUACAAUAUACAAAUUUUUCUUUAGAAUAAUCCCCUAUUAUUGUGCCCACUUUUGCGCUACAAUAAAUCACGUUUUAGGUCUUUAAAAAAUACAGACUUCAAUCUGAAAGUGAAUUAAAAUUUUAUGGCAAGUACAUAGCGACUUUUAAACUAUAUAGUACCUUCACUGAAGAUAUAAGUAAUUAGGUUUUACAAGGGUGGAAAGAUGAACUAUCAUUUCAAAAUUGGGAAUGUUGUGGUUAAUUCUGAAUAAACAUCAGUGUGUUAUGGUCUAAAAGACAUGGAUGUAACCGUGUAAAAAAUGAAAGGAAGCUGGAAUGAAUUCUAUUGAAAAACCAAAGAUUUCCUGCACUACACAUUUUUGAAUGAACAGAAAUAUGAUGAUGUUGGUCAUAGACUCCUUUUGCCUUUGGUUUACAAUAUUUAAAUUUUUUUACAUAAUUUAAGCAGACUUUAUUGUGUGAAUGCUAUCCUAAAGUUUAAGUUCUUAUACAUUUUACAUGCAAACAUAUAUUAAAAGCUAAGUGUUUUUUCAAGAGAUGGUGCUAUUCAGGUGUGGCCAAAGCAUGGUAUACAUGUAUUAAGUUGUUUGAAACUAUUUUACGGUGCCUAAUGUUUAAAACACCAAGGAAUAAUUUUUGUAUCAAAUAAGCAGGCUGUAAAACCUUCUCUUCCUUCUGUUGUCAAAGGGUUGCAUAUUUAUAAAAUCUAAUUUUUGUAAUAUCUGUUUGAUCAGCCUCUAGACAAAUUAGCCAGUUACUUUAUAUUUGUAAUUGAAGAUAGAGGAGGAAAAUGAAAAGUGAUGAGGUGGGGAGAGAAUUGGUAAUGAAAAGCAUUUUUUCUUCUCUACGCUACUUGUUUGAGUAAUAUCUGGCUCACCAGUGGCAUAAGUGGAAAUCAGUGGUUGGUUGAAGAUGUAGUGGUCAGUAGUCCUGUCACAGUUGAAAGUAAUGGGCAUCUUUGUGCCAGAUCCUUAAAAGCAUAGUCCCAGUGAAAUAAAUUCAGUAGCUCCGUUGUGAACGGCUGAGGCUAGAAACGCGGUGGCAAUCAUAGCAGAGAAAUCAGACAGACUGGACAUGGAGAAUUAACCAUAGAGGCUUAUCCCUCCAAGUUAGGUUUGAGGUACAUUUGGCAGGGCAAUAUGAAGACGCUUUAAUUGCUGCCUGUAAUUUACCUUGCGUGUGGAUAAAUGAAGGAAUCCAGUCUCCAGAGCUGUCAAAUACCGUAAUCAAACUCAGCAAGCAAAGCUGACUCUUUGAUUUACUGGUUUCAAAUAUAUAGUAAGGUCUUGGGUAUGAUGAGCUCAGAUUUUAUGGGUGGUAUUACAUUUAGCAAUAAAUUACUAUAAAAACCAGGCUGCUUUCAAAAAAGAGGUGGUGAUUAAUAAGGGGUGUUUUUUUUUAAAGUCUAAUUGAUUCAUGGUUGGUUCACUUUUUUUUAAAAAAAAAUAUGCACUAAAUCUGGAAAAUCAAGUAACCACACAUUUUGUUGAUAGUUUGGAUUUCAUUCUUAAUACACAGACUUGUAGACUGUUUCCCAAACAUUCUGUAAAUUAUCUACUUUGUUAUACUCUAGAGAAAUGUCCUCAUCAUCUCCACAGCUUUUUGUAUGAAUAAUGCUGUUUGUAAGCUAUGAAUUACAGAGUCUGUUAAGUUUAAGUUUCCGUUGAGGAAACAUGAAUUGAGUAUUUUAGCAAAUCAGCACUGUAUGCUGUCAAGCUGUAUUACAUUAAAAAUUCUGAAACCUCAAAA